GCGGCUGGUGUUUCCCGAGGCGGGAGGAGCCCGAGGGGGCGCGGGCUCGUAUGUUUAAACCACUGUUAGAGUCAAGCCAUUCUUCCGAACUUCCCUCUGUGGCAAAGCUCACUUCUGCCAGAGUUGGACCUUCUUUCUGGAGGGAUUUUGUAUUAGAAGACAUGGAUCUUGCUGCUAAUGAGAUCAGCAUUUAUGACAAACUUUCAGAGACUGUUGAUUUGGUGAGACAGACAGGCCAUCAAUGUGGUAUGUCAGAGAAGGCAAUUGAAAAAUUUAUCAGACAGCUGCUGGAAAAGAAUGAACCUCAGAGGGGGCCACCUCAGUAUCCUCUCCUUAUAGCUGUAUAUAAGGUCGUCUUAACUCUGGGAUUAAUCUUGCUUUCUGCCUACUUUGUGAUUCAACCUUUCAGCCCAUUAGCACCUGAACCUGCCCUUUCUGGAGCUCACAGCUGGCGUUCACUCAUCCGUCACAUUCGGCUGAUGUCCUUGCCCAUUACCAAGAAGUACAUGCCAGAAAACAAGGGAGUCCCCCCAGGAGGGGGUGAUGAAGACAGACCCUUUCCAGAUUUUGACCCCUGGUGGACAAACGACUGUGAACAGAAUGAGACAGACCCCAUUCCUACCAACUGCACUGGCUGUGCUCAGAAAUUACCCCUCAAGGUAAUGCUUUCAGAGGACACCCCCCAAAACUUUGAGAGACUCCAUCCUAUGGUGAUCAAGACGGGACAAUCCCUGUUGUCUGAGGAGAUUCAGCAUUUUUUGUGUCAGUACCCUGAGGUAACAGAAGGCUUCACUGAAGGGUUUUUCGCCAAGUGGUGGCGUUGCUUUCCUGAAAGGUGGUUCCCGUUCCCAUACCCGUGGAGACGACCACUGAACAGAUCAGAAAUUUUACAUGAAGUUUUUCCUGUUUUUACCCACCUGCCAUUUCCAAAAGAUGCUGUCUUAAAGAAGUGCUUCCUUCUUCACCCAGGACCUGUUGAGGGGAGUAAGAUGCAUAAGGUACAUGAGCUCUUUGCCGUUGGCAGUGGUGAAGCCAUGCUGCAGCUCAUCCCUCCCUUCCAGUGCCGAAGACACUGUCAGACCAUGGCCAUGCCGAUAGAGUCAGGGGACAUUGGUGUGCCCAGUCCCGGACAGUCACCUGCUUUCCUGUUGCUGUUUCCCUUCAAGGCUAUGCUGAUUCUACCCACUGGAAAGUCUACAUUGUAGCCAGAGGGGCCAAUCCUUUGGUCAUCUGCGAUGGAACUACUCUCUCGGAACUGUAGAAACAGAACUAUAUAAGGCACAGCUUGGAGAGCUGAAAACCAGGUUAGGUUGAGAGGGGAAAUAAAACAAAAAUGAUGAAAUUACUUUCCAGGGGUUGGUUACUUAGUUAUCUGCCCUUGGCAUGCAUGUGUGAGCCAACGGUGUACUGAGACGGUGACCAGAGCCUAGCCCUCCUGCUCUUCAGAUGGCUCAGGAAGAAUUCCAGCCUGGCUGUUUGCCCAGGACUUUGCCAGCACCCGUCUGUGAGAGACUGUGGGCACUGCAGCUUUGAAGCUGUUCCUCAGGCAGGAAAUAGGGCCAGUGCCCUCCUCUACUUGCACUGUGUGGUAUGGUCUGCUCUGCUGGCUUCCUGGCAGUGAAGAGAGCAUUCAGUAGGUCCCGACUUCAGAGCCAUCGUUUACCAGACAGCCUUGCUCAUCUGCUGUCUUCCUGGUCACAUCACACUGUACUUUGCUGGAAAGCCAUACCUGAUUAAAGAAAUGACUGCAGUCUGUCAAGCAGAAAAAAGAUCAAAUAAUCUGAAUUGCCUUUUUAAGAAAUGUGGAAUGUAGCUCAUUGGUAGAGCACUUGCCUAUCAUAUGGAAGACCUCGGGUUUGAUCUCCAGCACUGUGAAGAGGUAUGGAGAUCUCUUUCCUAGUGUCCAUAGAUCUUGGAGUCUUAGGAAUGCCAGGCUGGAGUGUGUUUAUAAGCCUAAGAGUAAUUCCCAAGGUAACUUUUCCCACCCCGCCACCCAUCUUCUGGAUGGUUUCUCAGAAUCUCAGCUCCUUGGUCUCUCCAUUGACUGGGCCAGAGCUGUCAUUGCUGAGGCAGCACUGCCCCUGUCCAUGGCUGCCUUUACUGUGUCUUCAGAGGGGAAUGAGUUAGAGUAGCUGGCCUAGGGAGAGAGGGUGCCUCCCUGAGUUUCAUCUUUAGGGUCUGACUUUCUGCAGAGAUGUUUUGCAGAUGUGUCAAAGCUGAUGUUGUAAUGUGGUGGGGGAGAGGAGCUUCAGGCUCAAAGUGUUUGCCAGCUGGGUGUGAAUACAACUGACUUUGUGAUCCUCUGUCCUGACAUGGUUUCCCUCUUUGUCCUGGGAGACAAGGUGAGAUGUUCUUAUUUUUGUAGUGAUAAGAAACUGCUUUGAUGAGAUGACUCACUGUGCUCAUUGUUUCCCCCACUUUCUUAUGGUAUGCAUUAAUCAGUAAGGACACUGUCAUCUUGCUCCCUUUUCCCCCACUUUACUGGUCCUUUAUUGACACUGCUAGAUCUUUGACCACUGGUCAUGCCUCCACAAGCCACACUGUGGCCUCUGGUUCUGAACUGUGGAAGUCACAUGGCUGCACAUUGUUGUGUAUAUCAGAGUCACAGACCCAAAUCAGACAAUGGUGAUGGGUCACCUUUUGUGGGUCCUCUUCAUCCUUGGAGGAGCCCUGUACACCUUCUCCUUGCAUAUCUCAUGAUGAGCAAUGGGGACCAUCGAGUGCUUGAAUGGCCUGCUUAUGGGUUUGUAGAGGACAGCAGAGUUCACGGAGCUCAGGGAGGAGACACCCAGAGCUUUCUCUAUGGGCUUAAAUGAAACUAGGAUGAGUUGUACCUGAGGGAAUUUUCCUUAAAAGAAUCAGCUCCUUGUGUGGCUGAGUGCAGGAAAAACAAAACUUUUGUACAUGUAAAAGUCACGCUGCUAAGCGGUUAUGAUUUAAGAGGUUUGAAAUCAGAGGAUCAUCUAGAGGCCAGCCUUGUGCAAGCUCUUAGAGCUUCUUCAGUGUCCUGCGCCAUACAGGGCAGGGUGAGUAAACAGACUCUCAGAGGCCUCACAGAACUUUCUUAAAUAGACCCUUUGAGUUAACAAAAGGAGGGGCCUGGGGAGUAGAGCGACUGUUUUGAUGAUUGAGAUCUUUACCUUGUGCUCUCAUUUUACUUCUGCCUUUCACAUUUUAAAUGUCCAUAAAGUACUCCAACUCAACUUGAAAAUGAAGAAAUCCUUGCAUGUGUUGGCCUUGGGAGGCAUCUUCUGGAAAGUCCCUGAGUCUCAGCUUAGCAACAAAUGAUUCCAGCUAAAGAGCAGUAAAGGCUCUUGUAUAUAUUCUACUCAUUUUACUCAUCUGUAGUUAAGACAUGAAUACAGAUUUGUGUUAAGGGAGAAAUUCUUCAAAGAGUGUUUUCUGUUCUUAAUUACCAGAUGCAUAGAAGUGAUUCACCCUUUUUUGGGGAGGGGGAGGGUGGUAUUGGAGUUUGAACUCAGAACUCAGGAUCUCUACCACUUAAGCCUCUACUAGCUGCCAGUCCUCCAGGAAUGGCUGAAGGCUGCCAGCCAGUCCCUUUCUUGUUCAAGGCUUUGUGUAGGGUGCUGUGGGAUGUCCCCACCCUUUGGCCUGUAGACAAAAGUAGCAGAAGUCUCUCUGUGUGACCUGGUGUGGAAAGAGGGUGAUCAAGAUGAGGAAAUAGUGUUAGGAGGCAUGAUAGGAUCACCUAACCAAGUCACUGCUUCCAUGCCACAGUAGGAACAAAAACAGGGCUCCAAAAAAGAGGGACUCACUCACAAGUUUAUGAAGUGUUAACUAGGAGGUGACAUGAUGGUGACCUCCAUACACAGGUGAGACUCACCUUCUUAUAGGUUGCCAACACAGAGCCUUGUGUCCCCAGAAGUCAAGUCUCUGGGGAAGCAGGCUGCUAUGGGGCUAGUUUGAAGUAUUUAUGUCCAGAUACCCUGAGUUUUCCAGCAGUCAAGUGUUGAAUGCACACCACACCUAUCCUGCUUUAUGAAGAGGCAGAGUUUAACCUUACCCCAUCCUGUCUUAGUAGGAAGGGAAGGAAUAAAAUAGUGAUUUAUGAAAACAAAUCUACCUAUUUGGUGAAAUACAAAGCAGUUGCUGAAAGGGGCAGAUGUGGUUCAUUUUUUCAGAGAAAGGAAGGGUAACAUUUGUCUAGUCCAUUCCAUCUGACAGAGCGCUUCUGCAUGCUUGAUCUCUUUAAUCUUCACCCAGUCUUGUAGAGGAGGUGGCAGUUCCUCCCUUCACUAGGAAACUAGGGCGUAAAUCAGGUAACUGACAGGUUCCUGCUGCAUCACCUAUGGUGCCCAGGAAGAGAGUUGGGUUUUGUUGAGGGGGGGCCUGGAGAACAUAGGAAUGAGGACCUGUGAGCCAGGGACUCUGCAGGGUUUGUUUUCAGAACUCCUCUGGACAGAAAUGGAGGAGGAAAGAAUCUAACCAUAUGAUUUUUAUAAAAAUCCUUUCAUUUUUCCCCUCCCCAUUUGAAAACUCUUUGUAACAGUGAGUGUAGCUGGAACACAACUGUGUGCAGCCACUUUCCCAUCACCACAUUUCCAGAUGUGUGACCAGAGGAGGUGCUCUGCCCAUUUCCAGUUGUGGGUCCCCUCGGAGUUACAUCACUUGUUUUUCAGUUCUCAGUUUUCUAUUUGCUUCUUCCAAAAUCCAGCAUAGGUCUCAGUGUAGGAACAAUUAUUUUAAAAUAAAGUCUCAAGUUCCAUGGCCACAGGUGCUGACCCAAGUCAUUUCAAUGUAGUCUGGAAUGAGUUUGCUUAUUCUGCAGUCGCUGCCAUGGUGAAUGUCCAGACUAAAAGCAAUGCUUCUCAGUAUCUCCUUGCCCAGCAGGCAAAGGCCAAGCCGGGGGUGGCGGGCAGGGACCGCCACAGGUCUGGUUGAAUGGAGGGGCAAUUUUCUCUCCCUCUGGGGAGUCACAUACUAAGCAGAGGGGCCUUUAGGCUUUUGAGCUCUUCUGACGAUGGAGGCAAAAUUUCCGAGAACACAAGUUCCAAGUCUACCUUUCAGUGGUGUCCUCUCACCCAGCAAAAUUGGCCUAGGGAAGAGAGUAUCAGAUGUGCUCUAGCAUAGUACUGCUGGUUGAGAUUCUCCCCAUGUUUGGAGGUGAGGAAGGUGAGGGCACUUAUGGAGACAGUCCUAUAGCAAAUGAAAAAUGGAAGGCUCUGGGAAUUUGCCAGGUUCCCCACAGCAUGUGUAUCCCUGUCCUCCUCACCCCAGCCCCCAAGAUAUACAGCAGUUUCCUCCAUAGAAGCAUGGCAAGGAGGUGGACAGAUGCUCUCCACCCUGUGCCACAUAGGCCUGCGCUCCCUGGGCACUAUGUAGCUUUAAGUGCUGGCCCUUGGGAGAAGCCCUCCAGCCAGCUUGUCUGCUGUCCAGGCCCCUCGAUGUCUGGUUUCCCUGCCCUGCAUAAUUUGAGCAUUAGUGCUAAAUACAUCUGUCAUUUUCCUCUCUCUGGAGACUGAAAUGUCCAGACUUCUUCAGACGUGUGGGGAGAAGGAAUGUUACAUAACUGAGCAGUGGCCUGCAAGUGUGGGAGGGCUGGGCUGGAGACCCUUCUGCCUCUGCUCAGCGCCUCCGUCAGUCAGGCAGUGGUCAGCAGUUCAAGAGUGAGCCACAGCUGCCAGCACCGUGCAGAGGAUGGAACCCGGCUGUGAGCUUCAAGUACAAUAAGGAGUUGGGUAUGUGCUAUGUGCCAGGCUUCAUUUACCUUACUUUUCUUCACAGCAGCACUGUGGGAUCUUCCUGAAAGCCAUGUUUACCCCCAGCACAGCAAUGUCCUGUCACUUAAGUACAGUCCUGCAGAACGCUUUAGGCCUUUUAGGGACAAACUCUUCCCUAUCUAUGAGAAUCAGUAACAGAACCAAUGGACAUCUGGAUUCCCAGAGCCCCGUCUCAUCACAGACAGCAGCUUUCCCUCAACACUUUUUUCCAUAACUCUCAGUGCAGAACUAUGGCUGGUCUUCCUCACCAGUCCCUCCCUCCCUUUUGUGGAAAAAGGCCAGUGACAGAAGCCUAGGGUGGAGGAAGAGAAGACUAGAGAGUCACAGGCAAGCCAGAGGCUCAGCGUGCAGUGUCUUUCUGCCAUCCUCAGGGGCAGAAGUGGGGUGUCUGGGUGGUCCAGUGAGCAGGGGAGGUAGGCACCUGCCCCAACAUCGUUGUUGGAAUGGUCUGAGGCAUUCGUAUGUGUUCUCGUGGAGAAUGUUGACAGUAAUUCAAACUUGUAAAGACUUUGCCGCGUAAAGAAUAUGUAAAUUAAAGUUUUACAUAAUGGAAGUUUUUACUUUUUGCAAUUAAAAUUACUUAUGUUAGUUGGUAAGAACUUUGCUGUUUGUGUCAUUCUUUAAUUUCUUGUUUUCUCAUGUUUCCUUUUCUCUAUAACUCAGGUGGUUUCUAUGCACAUCCCGCUCGAGGCAGGUCUCACUGGGGUCACGGGCCUCUGACUGGCACUAGCCUCUUCUGACAUUCUCGCCUGGUACUGCACUUGCUCACAUGCACAGCCUAUUUUUUUUUUUAAUGGUA